UCCUUUUCUAUAGACAUCCAGGACGUGUUUUGACAUUAAAUUCCUGCGCUACAUAAGUAGUUUGUGCACAGUCUACAUCAACCCUUCAACAUGCACAGUUUUGUGUACACUAGCGCUGAGAGGCAACUUGAUCCACAAAUAUGGCAAAUCCCAUACGACUCCUCAUUUUGUUGAGUGACAAUAGCUCUGAGAGGAUGGAUCUAUCAAGGGUGCCAGACACAGUUGAAGAGCUCAUUGAACAAGUUAAAGAGUCAUGCAAAGUUGCUGGAGGUAUCAGGCUGCAAUAUAAAGAUGUAGACUUUGGUGGAACAUUUGUGAACUUGAACUCAACCUCCAUGAUCAAGGAUCUUACCACCAUCAAGGUCAUACCGUCUGCUACUGAAACAUUAAUUUUAGAAUUUGUAGAAAGUGACCUAGAUACAAGCUCCAUCUCAACACACACUGAUGACACAGUCAUACUAAGCAGCAGCUCCUCUGAGAAACUCCGCACAGAGCCCUGGCCAAAGGAGUUCAACAUCCCACAAUUCUCUUUUGAAACAGAAGGUCAACUUGAGAAAGGGAAUGCGGAAUACACAAAGGACCAAACCAGGUUCACACCUACAUCGAAAAUGUUGUCCGACAUUCUGGAAAGACUGGCAGAGAAGAUUUUCUCCUACAAGGCGUACCCCAGUGAUGCAGACCUGAGUGACGUUGUGGAGGCUCUGACAAGGAAACAUCCCUGCUUGAGGCAACCAGACUCCUUCAAUGAGAGCUAUGGAUGGAAACUCAGACUAAAGACUAAGAUGAGCAAUUACCGCACUCAGCUUAAGUCACAUGGACUUGCAUCUGAGCUCUUAGUAAAUACCCUCAAAUGAAAGUCACGAGAAGAUCCUGUUCCCAAGCCAGCCAAGAACAACAAAAAGGCAAGAAGAGGUGAGGCCAAUUACUAUCCUCAGACCAGCAGUGAGAAUCCAGAAAGCCUAGAACUAGAGCGAAUAUCUCUCCUGACCGAAUUAAAGAAGAGAAACAAUGAGAAAACUGUACGAGAGAAGAUGGCCAGGACUUUCGAAUUCAGGAGGAAAGAGGUUGUGGAUAGGAAGCCUGACAUCAAGAACCUCUUGGAAAGAUGGCCAGGUCUAUUUCAGAUGGAAGAGAUUAAUGCAGAGUUUCUGCGGGUUACUGCAGUUCCCCUGCUAACCAUAUUUAUGGCCCAGCUGGACAAGCACUCCCCACAGCUACUUAAAAUAAUCAGAAAGAAAGGAGGGACAACCAAAGCAAAAACUGCCAUAAUCCUAGAGUUUCUUGAUCAGGAUGCUGAUGCUGACAUUAGGAGGGAGUGUAUACUUAAAUCUCUCAUUAUCUACCUUGGAGAACGUGUUGAGGACUUGAUAAAAGAAUACAUGGGUGAAACCGUCAGUGAGGAGUUCAUCUGUAACAUUGAUGGAUCUGACACUUGCGGAAACACAGUCUGA